AUGACAGCAGUUUUGGAUCCCUCCAAGCCAUUCUCUGCAGAGCUGCAUGUCAUCAGACGGCUGAGCUCCAGUCUGUACAGGGCUGGAGGUGGUGAAGAUGGACGGGAAUCUGGACGUGUAAACUCUCCUUUUGCUAGAAGUCAGCCUUCGGCUGAGCGUGUCAACCUGGCUCCUUUACGAGACGACGUUCCCUUGCUGGAUCCUUGCUGCGGCCAGCUAAGUGCCGGAGCGGAGGUAGUCUUAGGGGUCAAAGGUCGACAGAAAUUCAUAGAUUUUCAGCAUGUGGCCUCUGCUCUGUGGGUGCCUCCAGGUUUCAGAGAGCGGCCACACACUGCCCCAAACUCCUCUGUUAUCUGUGUAGACCUGAGGGAAGAUAAGGAUUGGAACUCCAGGAGGAUCCCUGAUGCAGUUUUGAGAGCAACGCUCAGUGGUUCAGCCAAUCCUGUUAAAGUUCAACCACAUUCAGCUAGGACGUCAACUAAAGCAACAUCACACAGCAGAUUCACUGAUAAACACGCUGCACCUCAGGAUGGCCUCUCUUCUGAUUUGAGACUGUGGACAGACGACUCACCAGCAGCUCAGCGCUUCAGAUACACCUCUGCAACACAGAGGAGUUAUGAGGAAGUUGGCUGGGAUACUAAGUUACCCCGGCGCUUGAAGGCACCGGAGACAACCCUGGAGAAUAUUGUGGACCCAGUGAGUGAGCGUCCCUCAUCGAGGCGCUACAAUAGUCGACCUCAGCUGUGGCAGUCUAUUGGAGCUGAGUGGAACAGGCAGCAGCUUCGACAGAGGAAUGAUGCCAGGAAACCCAUAUCAUUCUGCAGUGGAUGUCCGAGGUCAGGUCAAAUCCCUUUGUACACAGGUACGAUUGGCUCUGAGAACAUGGAUAACAUCGACAACAUGGAUGAAGACUUUCACCCGCUGACCCUGAGGAGGAGUGUCGUGCCCCAGUACGUGCCUACAGCACGCCGAACCACCAUCCCUGGAUAUACAGGCAGGGCUGCUUAUGCAAACUGUGCUGCUGAUGCUGCAGUCUCUGUCCCAGCUGUCUCCAGUGCUGCACGCUCCUCUGGGACAAUCAAAGAUUUGGGGGGACCUACUUUUGGCCAUGCAGCGCCUUUGUCUCGAAUGGUGACCACAGUGACCCCCUGCAACUCCUUCCUGAGACCUGCGCUUCCUGUCACACACAAACAUGCGAGGAGGCAUUAGACAAAGCAGAUGAGAAAGUUUUGAAGGUGUCAGCUUCCUUUUUAUGCCAUCCAAUCUGUUUAUAUGAAUACGUCUAUAAUGAUGUGAUGUCAGUGACUGAUUCGGAGUGAGUUGGAGAAUAAUGAGAUGCCCCAUUAUCAUAAUUUCCCUGAUUUAGAUGAGUGGUUUUCUAACUCUGGGUAGUGAGCUCUUGCAUUGUCCUCUUAAACAUUCGCUCUCUCACUGACUCACUCACUCGCUCACUUUGUGUAUGUGUGUGUGUGUGUGUGUGUGUGUGUGUGUGUGUGUGUGUGUGCAUUUCAGCCCACACACGCUGUUUCUAUCAUGAAGGGCAAAGAGGUGGACCAAACAGAGAAAAUAUUUUGGGAAGUAUGGAUUUUCUACACUAAUGUUGAACAUUUAACAGCAUAAAAACAACAGCAGGUGUAAGAGAUCCAUUAUGAGUCAUAUUUUAGUAUUAACCCAAGCUGAUUUACUCAGGAAGUACAUAUUAAAUACAUUCUGCAGUCUGCACACAUCAUUUAGAGGCGUUGGUUUUUUGUAGAUGUGACUGUACUGCGAAUAGACAUCAUUAUGAAGUGUCUGCCAGCUAUAGCUAUAUGUCUGUGGUUUGUGCAGCUUCGCGCUUAGACAGGAAAUAGGGAUGAGCUGGUUUUCCUGUUUCUCUUUAUCUAUAUUUUGUUUAGAUUUACAUUUCAGAGGGAUUUCUACUUGAGCAUGCUGUUUUUUUCAUCAGGAGAUAAGGUUGUGUGAUCACUUGUGCUUCAUAGUUCUGAUCCACAUCUUAAAUAUCUUACAUGUAUUGUCAUUAAAGGGGCACUUCCAUUUGCACUUUGCGACAAAGUUGGGGGGGCUCACAAGAGAUGGAUUUACAAAAUAAUGGUCUGAAUUGAAGCAGCAGAGGCCAAGAUAUCCUGAGUUUUAGACACUAGUAUAGGUCAGAAGUGUUGGUUCCUAACUCAAAAGCUCAAAAGUCCCUUUCAUAAGACAUCAUCAGGGUUAAUGUAUUAAACUCUGGAAAACACCCUUGAAUGUUACAGGAGACAUUGCACAUCUGUUUUUUACAGGCUGUAUAAGACAGUGUCAAGGUGUCUGCAGGUCUUUAAAAGGUCUUAAAUUCAAUUUAAGAAAUAUAUGGCCUUGAAAGUAAUUGAAAUAUAAUUAAUUUUCAGUGGGCAUGGUCUUAAUUGCAACAGAUAUUUGAUCUAAUUUCAUUUAUCUAUCAUUUAUCCAUCUUUAAAUUAUCCAUGUUUAAUGUAUUUUUGUCAAAAUGAAUCAAGCUCUUCAGUGUGACAGCUCACACUUCUGAUAUUUCAAAUCUUUAAAUCUACAAUAGAACCUAAUACUGUCUUUAUACUUUAUAUUUGCACUUGCCUGUUGGCAAAAUGUAGGUUAACUUAACUCACUCUAAUAACCAUAUUCCUACAUAAAAUCGGUCCACAUAUACUCUACUUAGCUUUCUACUUACCCGCAAUGCUUUAACAACAACAAAAAUUGUCCAAAAAUCAGUCUUAAAUUUUGUUAAAAUUACCUUGAAAAGGUCUUGAAAAGCAUUAACUUUGUGUUUGAUACCUGUAGACACCCAGAGUGUUGGGCAAGUUAAUCAAUUACUCCUUACAUGUUAUCCAUUGAAAAAGCUAUUACAUUAGUUACUCACCAGUGACAUUAUUGUUACUUUACUUUAGUUACUCAGCACAGAUGUGUCAAAGGUGCCUUUAAACAACUGGUAGUCAUCUAAACUUCACAUAUUCUAUAUUUACUGUGUACAGUAAAUAUACUGUACCUAGCAGACUCUAACAGUCUGCCCACAUGUUAGAGUUACUAACUGACCAUCAACAGCUAGUCUAGUGAGCACUGUCCUCACAGCAAGGCCACAGAAUUCACACAUCCUCCAACUCUUAACUAACCCAAGUGACUCCCAAAUGUAGGCUAAUAGGCACGGUUAGCAAGCCAGCCAUGAACACACAUUUAAAUACAAUAAUUUUGGAGUUAGUCCCGUUUCUCCUCUUUUGAAAGACGCUAACUGCCUCUCUAAACCUCCAGGCCCUGUGUCAUGCUAAGAUGUCCCGAACCAGGCCAGUCUCUUCACUGUAUACAGAGGGCAAACUAAAAAAAAAAACCUCCAUCAAACUCCCGGUAAGACAGUGCACAAGUCAACUCCCGAUUUGUUUUAAGUAACUGAGCCUGACUGAGUUUAGUAAAUGUAAUGGAAUGACUGAAUUUGAAACCCUCAUAAUACCCAUUACUGAAAAAAUUAUCACACUUCACUGUUCCUGCCCAAAACUGAUCACAGUGAAUCUGAACUUCUUGUAUAAAGGAUUUGAAAUGAAUCAUACCAACAUACACUGUAGAUUUAUCCUUUCCUUUGCAUCAUAGUGAAUCCAGUGAAUCUACAGAGUGCACGCUUCCUUUUGGCCUGAUAUCAGCCAACAGCUCUGUUGGUGAUUGACGCCUAGUAACCACCAUUUAAUGUGCUGGACAAUCUUGACUUUAAGCCUAAAUCUGGAAAGCCAGCAUUCCAUAUAAACACAUCAUGAAAUGAUGGAGGGAGCAGGCAUGCUGCUAUUAACUAAAGCAUUUUGAAUCUAAUUAGUGAUCAUCAUUUCACAUGCAUAUGGUGAUGUUUUAGACAGUUAAAGAUUACGUUUGACACUUUGGAAAAUACGCUUGAUUGCUUUUUUUAGAGCGUUAGAUGAGAACAUUGAUAUCCCUCAUAUCAGUGUACUAGAGAUGAAGCUACAGCCAGGAAACCGUUAUCUUAGCAUAAAGACUGGAAAUGGGGAAACGGCUAACCUGGCUCUGUCUUAAGGUAACAAAAUCUGUCUAGCAGCACCUCUGAAGCUAAAAAAAAUAGCACUUGUGACAUCCUGUGUCCGGCUAGCUGUUUCCCCAGAUAUAAUAUAAUAAUACCUUAUAAUCAAUUGUUUUAUCUGACUUGCAGACAAAACUGUAUUUCUCAAAACAUCACUUUGUUUCUUUGAAAUUGGUAUUGUACCCAAGUUUAUAUGUUUGCUGGUGGUGUUCAGAACCAAUAAAACUGUGUGAAC